CUAGGGGUAACAGGGUCUUUUUACAUGUCAUUUAAUGACCUUUAAUCCCUGUUUAGUCCAUAUAAACAAACGGAUAGGGACUAGGACUUUUUAGUUAGGACUAAAAAAAAGUCCUCGGACUUCUAAAACAAACAUGACCGAAGAAAUCAACCAAAGUCGUUGAUGUGACUGCUCCCAUGAGAUUACGUAGCUACAGUACCUAGUGCUUGUACCGUUACUAGAUGAGGCUAGUCCUAAUUGGACCAACACCAUGGAGAAGAUAAAAAAUCCAGCCAAUACCACGGCCAGAGAAGACCGGAAAAGACAUCAGCAAUGGGGAGUUCCCCUCGCCCACAUGUUUGCACACCUCCGUGCCAACUCCGACUCCGCUUCCGCGCAUCGCGCCGUGCCACGUUGGCUUCGGCCACUCCAUGAGCAGCGCCGCCCCCGGCCGGCCUUGUCCACGCUUCUCCCUGCGGGCUCGGCCGCCGUCCGCGACUCGCCUAGCCACCACCACGCGCCAGACUCCCGCUGCUGCGUCGCCCCGUCCCGUCAGCGUAGUUGCAUUCACCCCAGUUGUCGCCGCUCUGCCCAUCGCCUGCCGUCGCCAGCUCGCCUCCGCCGCUCCAGCCGGCCACCGUGCAGCCGCACCUGCUUCCGCUGUAGCACAUCCAAGCCGGCCGCUGCUGCGCACAUCGCUGGCUUUCCGCAACCACAGCGCCACCGCAUCAGCCUCAAGCCGGCCCGACUGCUGCACUCCCCGCCGCCGCGCCGCCGCCGCGCCACCGCGUCAGCCUCAAGCCGGCCAACCUCCACGAGCCACCGCCGCCACCUCGGCCUUCCCCAUCUCGCUUCCGAGCCAUCAAGACCUCACUUGCCCUUGGUACGGCCCACCACCGUGGCCUCGCCUCGCUCAUCCGACUCCGCCAUGGCUCUGUUUGCCGAUUGCAGAAUCAUCAAACAUAAGGCAUGUCCACCGAAGUAUACUGAAGCUCGGGCCAGCGUCAUCUUGCAUUGACAUCCGUCCAUAUUGCAUUACGGAUAUGUGCACAAACCGGUGUCCACCAUGCCUAAUCGGAUGCACACAAGACGCCACCCACACGACCCGGAUAUUCUUGGACCAAAUAAUAAAGCUGGCAGAUCGAGAGGCCCGCCGGCUUACAAUGACGCGGUUAACUCUCACGUCCGCACGAUCAAGACGAGUUAUAAUGACGCGGCCAACUCUCACAUCCGCGUGACCAAGACGGCUUAAAAUGCCGCGACCGAUUCUGACAUCCGUAUCAAAUUGCCAGACGACUCUUGCAUUCAACUCAAGAUACCGGUGCAGUGCCUGCCUAUGCGAACCGCCCAAUGGACGCACGUAAGACGCCACCCACACAGUUCAGUUUACAUCAACCCGCCGGUGAAGUGCUUGCCUGUACGAGCGACCCAAUAGAUGGAUGCAAGACGUGUUGGAAAUAUGCCCUAGAGGCAAUGAUAAAAUAGUUAUUAUUA